CCCUAGUCGCCGCCCCCGAGGCCCCGACCCCUCUCUACGGCGGCGCCAUCCCGUCGGGCCACGGUUCCAUCUCUGCUGCGGCGGCGCUGUCCCCGGCUCCUCCCUCUUGGCUCCUCCUCACCGUCCAGGACGUCCAGCUCGCCAUCGUCCUCACCGUCCCUCUCGCCUUCCAGCUCAUCGCCGUCGUCGUCUCUCUCGAGUCUCGACCCUCCAACUCGUCGUCCUUCUCGCCGGCCCUCUCACCCGUCCAGCUCCUUCUCCGUCUUGUGCUGCUCUGGUGACCUUCCCCUUCCACUAGCCGCUGCUGCGCUGCAAAGCACAGAAACAUGGAAUUGGAAGAAGGGAAUCAUGAAGCUCAACAAAGUGGUACCUCAAUAUUGAUAUCUGGUGCAACAAGGACUGGGCCUGUGCUGUCUCCUUCUUUGAUAAACCGCACUAGAGCUUAUGUUGCGGCUUGGUCUGCACGUGAUACUGAAAUGGAUGAUUUGGAAGAAGAUGAUGCCGACGAACAAGAUGUCGACUAUGAAGAAGAGGAAGAAGAAGAGGGUGAUGAUGAUGAUGAAGACGAAGCAGAGGAAGAUUUUGCUGAUGAAGAGGAAGGAGAUGAGGAUGUUGACAUGGGAACAUUUUCUGAACAGGGAAGAAAAUUUUUGUCCAAAGUCUGGAGAGAAUAUGAGCCUAAGCGUGUUGAUGGGAUAGUGAUAGCUGCUGAGUGCAAACAUUGUGCAAGGAAUAUUUGUGCUGAGCGUAAACAUGGAACAAGUUCACUGCGCAAACAUUUGAAGAGGUGCAAGGAAAGAAAGAAGGUUCUUCGAGUUUCUGGCCAGUUGAGUGCUUCCAUCAUGAGCCCUGAUGGAGUUUCAAUAGGGCAUUGGACAUUUGAUCAGGCAUUGGCACGUAGAGAGCUCAUGAGGAUGAUAGUGUUGCAUGAAUUGGCAUUCUCACUGGUGGAGUAUGAUGGAUUUAGAAGGUUCGUCUCUAGUUUAAAUCCAAGUUUCAAAAUGGUCUGUAGGAAAACAAUAAAAAAGGACUGCCUGAAAGCAUUCAAGGAAGAGAUGUGCAGCCUACAAGCUAUAUUUAGACACUCUAAAUCCAAGAUAUCAUUAACCUCGGACAUGUGGACAUCCAAUAGAACAAUUGGGUUCAUAUGCAUUACUGCACACUUUAUUGGUCAUGACUGGAAGCCGCAGAAAAGAAUUGUCAAGUUUGCUGCCAUGGAGACACCUCACACAGGAGUUGCUAUGUUCAACGUCAUGGUGAAUUUUAUAAGGGAAUGGAACAUAGAAGAUAAAUUAUUUGCGAUGACGCUUGACAAUGCAUCCAACAAUGGUGCAAUGAUGAAGUUACUAAAGAAGCAUUUGUUGGACAAAAAGAUGUUACUUGGAGGUGGCAAGUUGUUCCAUCAACGUUGUGCUGCACAUGUAAUCAACUUGAUAUGCCAAGCUGGGUUGGAUUUUCUUGACCCCAUGAUCAGCAAAAUACGUGACAGUGUCAAAUACAUCCGAAGCUCACAAACACGAAAAGAAAAGUUUGAAGAAAUAGUUGAGCAAGUAGGCAUAUCUUGUGGCAAAUGGCCAAGCCUUGAUACUCCAACCCGCUGGAACUCAACCUACAUCAUGAUUGAUAUCGCGAGAGAGUAUCGUGCAGUGUUCAGUUCAUUGGCUAUUCAAGAUAAAAAUUACCCCUUCAACCCAUCAUCCGAGGAUUGGGAAAACGCUGAUGCUAUUUGCAGGUUGCUAAAAGUAUUCUAUGAAGCCACGAAUGUGGUAUCAGGCACAAAGUACCCUACUGCUAACUUGUAUUUCCAUGAAAUUUGGAAAGUAAAGCACACAUUGGAGCACCAACAUUAUGAAGAGAACAGUAAGUUUGGUGAUGUUGUCAUGUACAUGAAGAGAAAGCUAAAGAGAUACUGGAAGCUGUCAUGGUUAAACCUUUGCAUUCCUGUGAUUUUGGAUCCACAGUUCAAGCUGAGAUACAUUAAAUAUCGAUUUCGCUCGGAAUUUGGUGAUGAAGCUGAAGCAAUGAUUGCUAAAGUAGAAAAUUUGUUUCAAGAGAUGUUCAAGGAAUACCUUCAAUUGAAUGGUUCUAAUUCAAACCCCAUGACUCAAGGAGGUGAUGAUGAAGUGGUUGUAAGUGAUGACCCCAUGGCUGACUGGGACAACCAUAUCAUCGAAAGUGCUCAAUCAACAAAUGUGGAUUCUUCAGAACUUGAUUCAUACUUGUCAAAGGUUCCCAUCCGUCGAACCGAUCAUUUCGAUAUCCUUUCUUGGUGGAAGACAAAUUCAGCUGAAUACCCAACGUUGAGUCGUAUGGCAGCAGAUAUCUUGGCGGCCCCUGCCUCUACGGUGGCAUCUGAGUCGGCUUUUAGCACAGGAAAAAGAGUACUAUCAGAUUUUCGAAGUCGAAUGACUCCUAAAACAGCUGAAGCGCUUGUUUGCCUACAAGACUGGAUAAGAGCCACAGCUAAUACUGAGCGUAGCAUGGCUUCAGUUCAUGACAUAAUAACGGAGUUGGAAGAUGAUGAUGACAGUAAUCUUCAAGUCUUUCCGCAAACCCGUGGGAACAAUGGGCAGUAGCUUCUCCAAGACAAUCUAGAAUAUGACAAGUAUUGAAGCAUGUGGGAGAGCGGAUGGUAACCUUCACCUGAUGAUGAAGCAUUCACAUGAGGAACUGAGAGUUAACAGUGAAUAAAUGUAGUCACAACUUAGACGGAAGAAAUUUGUUGUGUUGUGUUGUGAUGAUGUGACUUUGCUAUCAGGUUCUAGAUUGAUGCCGUGAGUUUGCUGUGUGCUAUAUAUAUCUUUCCUCCGUCCCCAGCAUUUUGUCAUAUCCAGAAUCAAAAUCUGAAGAAGUAGAUUUCAUCAUGUUAGUAACCUGUAACCACUAUUUUUUGGCUCGCUUGUAACUUAUUUAUAUUAUAUUAUCAUCUCUGGUUAGCUAGCA